AUGGUCGAAUUCGCGUCCAUAAAUGGAGCACAGCUAGCUUAUCGAUUGGUUGGCCCUGAAAAUGCACCUCUAAUCAUCACUUUGCAUGGCGGUAGGGGUUUUGGUGAUCAUCAAUCUGAUUUCAAGGCAUAUUCGCCUUUAUCGUCAUCUUAUCGAGUGCUAUCUUUUGACUUUCGAGGUCAUGGUCAAAGCUCGCGAACAGAGCCAUAUACAUUUCACCAAUUGGUUGAGGAUAUCGAGGCCAUACAGCGGAAAUUCGCCGGGGCUGACCCUUGCAUUAUAUGUGGUGGAAGUUUCGGUGGGUUCUUGGCUCAGCAGUAUGCGAUCACAUACCCUUCAUGUGUGUCCCAUUUGAUUCUACGAGGGACUGCUGCUUCAUAUCACCGUAAGAUAUCUCAACUUUGCCGAGUGCUCCACAACUUCCAAUUAAUAUGCGCUGACAUUGCAUCUAGAUGA